AUGGCCCCUCCUCGAAGCGCUUUUCCAGCGGAGGGUACCAGGUUCGGGCUGCACGAUGACAGCUUCGAACUGGGGACGGAGUUGGGAGGAGGCUCUCAAGGCCGUGUCUACGCUUGCAAGCGACUUGGUACCGGAAACGAAUAUGCCGUGAAGAUUGUGAAUACGAAAGCCAUCGGGCUUCGAGAGCGAACAAUGGCGAGCCUGAGGCGAGAAAUCAGCGUAAUGCGCGAGCUGCACCAUCCAAGAAUAGUCAACUUGAAAGAGGCUUUCUGGGAAGGCAACUUGUGCUACAUCGUCAUGGAUCUUGCGCGAGGCGGCGACUUGCACGGCAAGCUAGAGCCCGGAGUCGGGCUCGGCUCCGAGCAGUCUUCCAGGCACGUGUCCCUGCAGCUUCUGGGGGGCAUCGCCUACAUGCACUCACACAAGGUCAUUCAUCGCGACCUGAAGCCUGAAAACGUGCUGAUCGUUCGUUCCUUCCUCGGACCAGAGCCACUUCGUUCUGAAAUGCACGAGGUCAAGAUCGCAGACUUUGGCUUGUCCAAGUGCUUACGACGAGUCGGAGAACAAGAAGCAGGAAUGACAGCCUGCGGAACUUUGGACUACUUGGCACCAGAGGUUGUGACCGGUCAAUACGAUGAGCGAAUUGACUUCUGGAGCUUCGGGGUCUUGCUGUACAUCAUGCUGUCCGGGCGACUUCCCUUCGAAAUAGAAGGCGUUGCCGACAUCAAGCGCCUGAAAGGGGAGAGCCUAACCUUCCAGGGCGCCUGGCGAAGCGUGUCAGAGCAUGCCAGGACUUUUGUGCAGGGGCUCCUGCGUGUCGAACCUGCAGACAGGUUCGACCAAAAGGGUUGCUUGAGUCAUCCGUGGCUGGCGCAGGCGAGCACCACGGAAGGUUCGGUGACCUGUUCGGACACGGACACCUCACCCUUGGAGAUUGAUUCUCCCACGGCAGUUGGCGGAUACCGUCACAAGGAGGUGCCGGCUCCCGCAGACACGCUGACACUCUUCGGUGGGGCACCAACGAUGCGCUACUGGAGCCAGCCGCGGAAGGGUGCGGUGCGGCAGAUUUCUGGCUCGGUUGGCAACGCUGUCGACUGUGUAGAGAUACAGUUGCGUGGGGGCAAGAGGCUUUUCUACGGAGAGCAAGGCGGCUUCCAGCACAAGUCGAGCAGGCUGCAUCAUGACGAAGUCAUCCUAGCUGUGACACAGCAGGAGAGGGACUCGUUCGUUGGAAACAGCUUGGUCUUCUACACAUCUGAGUGUCAGAUCGUUGCCUUUCAGGGACAUGAUGCCACGAGCAGAACACGGCUGAUUGCGCCCACAGGAAGUCAGAUCACCGGCUUGCAGUUCGAGGGGAGCCAUUUGACAGGCAUUUACUUGGAACGGAUUCCCCUGGAUGGAAGCGCCAUGGCCAUUGCCCGCAUCAGUGGGCAUGUAGGCUCUGCUGUGGAUAAGCUGGUGCUACAGCUCAGGGAUGGUUCCUCUCGGCGUUAUGGUUUCGAAGGAGGCGAUCCGGUGGGGCCUUGGACGCUAGAUGCCGAUGAGUAUGUGCUUCUGGUUGAGCAAGAUCGGCGUGAUGCAUAUCUUGGCAAUUCGCUGGCCUUCGUAACUUCCAAAGGCAACAUAAUUGAGUUUCGGGGGCUGCAGGCAUCACGGUCUCGACGAUUUGUCGCCCCUCCUGACAGACAAAUUUGCGGUUUGGGCUUCACGGGCAGCUGCUUGACUCGGGUCACCACCUGCCCACUUGAGGCACAUGAAACAGGAGAACAAAAUCUGCGGGAGCAUUCUCUGCACGUUGACUAG